AUCUGAAGCGGUGAAUAGUUUCCAUCUGCGUUCUCGCGUAGUUGGCUUUUUCAUCGUUUCCCUCCCCCUACACCAUUGAUAGCAUUCUCACCUCUGAAACCCUUUCAAAUCCCUUGCAGACCUCAAUUUCUCUCUAUUCUCUCUCUCUCUCGAAUUCUUCCAUGGACGGCAAUUACACCCCUUAUAAUCCCCGCUCGGUGGAUGAAGUUUUCAAGGACUUCAAGGGCCGGCGAGCCGGCCUGAUUAAAGCCCUCACCAACGAUGUGGACGAUUUCUACCAGCAGUGCGAUCCAGAUAAGGAAAAUCUGUGUCUUUAUGGGUUUCCCAGCGAGCAGUGGGAAGUUAAUCUUCCUGCAGAAGAGAUCCCACCAGAGAUACCUGAGCCUGCUUUGGGAAUUAACUUUGCUAGGGAUGGAAUGCGAGAGGAAGAUUGGUUAUCGCUAGUUGCAGUACACAGUGAUGCAUGGCUAAUUUCUGUUGCUUUCUAUUUUGGUUCGAGGUUUGGAUUUGAUAGAGCUGAAAGCGUGCAUCAGAACCUCAGACCAUUACUAACACAAGGGGAUUACAGCAACAGGAAGAAGAGGAUGAAGAUGUGGAUGAAGAGGAGGAAGAAGAUGAGCAUGCGGAUGCCCUUUGUGGUGCAUGUGGGGAAAAUUAUGGCUCUGGCGAGUUCUGGAUAUGCUGCGAUGUCUGUGAGAAGUGGUUCCAUGGCAAAUGUGUUAAGAUUACACCUGCAAAAGCUGAACACAUCAAGCAAUACAAGUGCCCUACUUGUAGUAGCAACAAAAGAUCUCGCCCUUCUUGAAGAUCGCUGUUGCUCAAUCUGGUGCAAAGGGCGUCGAAGAAGGCAGAGACAGAAUCGUGGGCAACUAUGUACUUGUCUUGCGAACGGAGAAUGCCAUAAUCAGUAAGAAACUGCUUAAUCCAUUCAAAGCUCUGCUCGCUAAGGCUGCCCUUGAUCAAAAAAAUAAGAUUGUUGGAGUAAGGAUUAUUUACAAGAAAAUUCAUUUCAGUAUUAUUAGAUUUAAAUUGCAGUUUAUGGCUAUAUUUGCAAUUUUCAGUAUCAGAAGAACAAUUUUGUGAUAAUGCAUGAUUGUUAGUGUAUAGAGCGUUUCAAUUUUAGGAUGUUAUAGUAUUGGCAAUGAAUUAUUGCAAUUGAGUUUCUCUUAACCGUGUUGUAGAGGUCUGAGGAUAGCCUAUAUAUUUAUAUAUGGGGCAUUUACAUACAUACCCCCAACUCGUAUAUAUUUACAUAGCUAAUGCUGUACAUUUCACUGUUUACUUUUAU